AUUAUUCUGCCAAGCUAAGGAACGCGAGCCGUUGUGGGGACUGGGGACCCCACAAGAUGCUGUGCUGUACUGAAGGUCUCCAGGCGACUAACUCGCCCUCCUGGCAUGCUAUAUAACUCACGGCAUCGUCUCGAGACUUUUGUACUCAGUUUCCUCAACAUACGCAGGUUGCCAACACGUCUCGUAACAUGGCCAUCAAUCCUAGGACUUACCAAUUUCUGGUUGGAGUUUUUGCCUCAUUCGGCUCGUUCCUCUUUGGAUAUGAUCUCGGUGUCAUCGGUGGCGUCGUCGCUGCUAAAUCUUUUGAGUCUACCUUUAAAAGUCCAAGCCCAAAUGAGACUGGCGCUAUAGUCUCCGUUUUUACCGGCGGUGCCUUCGUUGGUGCUGCUGUUGCCGGACCUUUGGGUGAUUGGUUUGGUCGCAGACUCACCAUCAUGACGGGUGCUAUUGUCUUUUGCCUAGGUGGCGGCCUUCAGACGGCUGCUCAGAACCUUGGGUUUUUAUACUCUGGAAGACUUAUUGCGGGAGUAGGCGUUGGGGUCAUGGUUAUGAUCAUUCCACUGUACCAAGCCGAGAUUGCUCACCCUUCUAUUCGUGGACGUAUCACCGGUCUCCAACAGUUUAUGUUAGCCAUCGGAGCCACUGUCGCUGCUUGGACUACGUAUGGCACCAAUCUCCACCUUGGCCCUACUGACAACAACCAAUGGCGCAUUCCUCUUGGAAUCCAGAUUGUUCCUGCUGGAGUACUGGCCAUCCUUAUUCUGCUCUUCCCUGAAUCUCCUAGAUGGCUCAUCGAUCACGGCAAGUCGGACCAAGGCUUGAAAACUCUAGCUCAGCUGCACGCUAGUGGCAACGUCCAGGACGCCUGGGUCCGAUCCGAAUACGAGCAGAUUGAAGUCGCUAUUGCUCACGAGCAUGAAAACUCUGCUAAGGGGUAUCGUGAUUUGUUUACAAACAAGUCGAGCUUCCGACGUCUCGUUCUCGUCACCGCACUCCAAGCAUCUGUACAGAUGACAGGUGUUUCAGCAAUUCAGUACUUCUCUCCUCAAAUUUACGCCACCUUGAAAAUCCCCACGCAAGAUGCCUUGAAGUACCAAGGUGUUAGUAAUAUUCUAUCUACUCUUGCAAUUCUUUGCACUAUUCUCUUCAUAGACCGACUUGGCCGCCGCUGGCCCUUGAUCAUUGGCAACCUAAUUAAUUGCCUCUGUUUCAUCAUCGUCACAGCUGCAAUUGCAUCUUUUCCAAACGCAUCGCCAUCGGCUCAACAUUCUUUGGGCUGGGCUUUCAUUGCGACAAACUGGAUGUACCAGAUAUCGUUCUCGUUUACAUGUGGUUCUCUAUCGUGGAUUAUUCCUGCAGAGAUCUUCGACACUAAGACCAGGUCUAAGGGUGUCUCCAUCGGCGCGAUGGUCUCAUUCGCCUUCAACACGAUGAUUGGACAAGUUACCAGCCCGGCUAUUGACAGCAUUAACUGGCGCUACUUUUUAGUGUUUGUUGUAUGCAACUUUACCAAUGCCGUCUUCUUCUGGGCGUUUAUGCCCGAGACCGCGAAACGCCCACUCGAGGAGAUGAAUACCCUGUUUAGUGGCUCGUCAUGGUUUGUUCCGACAAUGCGGAGGGAGGACUUCGAGACCCAUGAUCUAGAACAUAGGCUGGCAGAGAUAAAAGAGAAGGAGAAGGCAGUAACUGUUGAGGAUUCCGCGGAUUUCUAAAGCACUAUGAUGAAUUUAACAACGUAUAACUUAGUUAUAACAUCCGUAUUUUAUAACACAUCAAACUAGCACUACUAAUAGUUUAAUGUAUACCGGUCUAUAUUCACUAGCUUUAAUAAUCUAGGCUUUAGUAGGCCUACUCACGCCUAAUAAAAGACUACAUAUG